UGGUCCCGGGUGGAGCAGGAGCCACGGACGCAGAGGGCUGGUGGCCGCUGCGGGCGGGGACCCGGCGUCAGGGCGAGCAGGGAGGAUCGCCAGCAUCCAGGGCACGGGAGCCGGUGGAGGCGGCUGUGGGUCAGGAUGUUCCAGGGGAUCGCAGCCAGCACCGGAGGUCAAGGGAACAAACCGGAACUUUAUGAGGAGGUGAAGCUGUACAAAAAUGCCCGGGAGCGAGAGAAAUAUGACAACAUGGCAGAGCUGUUUGCUGUUGUAAAGACUCUUCAGGCUUUGGAGAAAACCUACAUCAAGGACUGCGUCACUCCAACCGAAUACACAGCUGCCUGCUCCCGCCUUCUGGUUCAGUACAAAGCAGCUUUCAAACAGGUGCAGGGAGCCGACGUCACCUCCAUCGAUGAGUUCUGCCGACGCUACAGAUUGGACUGCCCGCUGGCGAUGGAGAGGAUUAAGGAAGACCGUCCCAUCACCAUCAAGGAUGACAAAGGCAACCUGAACCGCUGCAUUGCUGACAUUGUCUCGCUCUUCAUCACGGUGAUGGACAAGCUGCGACUGGAGAUCAGAGCCAUGGAUGAGAUCCAACCUGACCUCCGAGAGCUCAUGGAGACCAUGAAUCGGAUGAGUAAUCUGCCACCGGAUUUUGAAGGAAAAGAGAAGGUGGACCAGUGGCUGCAGAAGCUGAGCACGAUGUCGGCCUCGGACGAGCUGGAUGACGCACAGGUUCGCCAGAUGUUGUUCGACCUGGAGUCGGCCUACAACUCCUUCAACCGGUUCCUGCACUCGUCGUGAGGGGGCCAACAGGGGGCCCUGCACUAGGGUUGUGGCCUCGGCACUGGGGACGUGGCCUCGGCACCGGUGACCCGCACCGGGGUCUGCGGCUUGUGGGGCUCCAGCUCUGGCACCGGGGGUUCCGGCCUGGGGGGCUCCCGACCGCCGCUCCUGUUUCAAACUUAUUUCUUUGAAUAAACCUGUAAAAAGUU